AUGACGGACGCCGACGUGCUGAGACAUCUGGCAGACUGGCUCGCAUUCACGUACUCCCAAGGCAUCAGAUUGCACGGAAUACUUUACCUCCAUCGAAUCACGGACGUGCGAAUGCAGGGCUCCGCCAGAAAGAAUCUCAUCAUGUUCAACAAGCUUUGCGGAGAAAAUGCACUGCAUAAAGUCGUGCUGGUCACCACUAUGUGGGAGAACCUCAAAAAAGAGGAUCAAGGGGUGGCCAGAGAGGCAGAGCUGAGAAAUACAAAUGACUUCUGGGGUUGGAUGUCUGCCAGAGGCAGUAAGAUUGAGAGGCAUACGAACGAUUCGGAGUCGGCCAAGCGACUGAUUGAAAUGUUCCUGCCUUUCGGAAAGCAGAAGGCACCUGAACACAUGGUAUUAAGAAUCCAGGAGGAGAUGGCAGACGAGAACAAGUUGCUGGAGGACACUAAAGCGGGUGAGGCCGUCCGUGCUAGCAUUAAAAAGGAGGGCCUUCGUCUCAGCCAAGCCCUGAGAGAGUACCAACAAAGCGCCAGGGAAGCCAUGCUGGAGAGGGACAACACACGACAACAGGAAAUGGAAGAGAUCAUGGCAGAUAUGAAGCAACAAGAGGGAGACCUCCUUCGAAAUCGGGAGGUGCUGUCCGCCGAAAUGGAAGAGAUGGUUAGGGCGAGAUAUGACCAGGCGGUUGACGAGUUGGAAGAUGAGAAAAUAAGGAGGCUCUCGAUUCAAUACAGCAUCAGAGGUGAAGUGAGCCUAGACAUCGGCACGUUGCAGAGUGUACGCUCGGAGAGUCCCGCUGCGCCCAACGGUCUGACAAGUCACGCGUUGAUCACCAGCCAUUCGACCUUCAAAUCCAGCCGAGGUCUCAGUCUCAGCCUGAGCGGUCGCCAUUGUGCAUUCAUCGGGCCAGCCUACACAAAGUCAUUGGACAAGAGAUAG